AUGGGAUUCACCGAAAUGACACCCGUACAAGCAGGAACCAUUCCGUUGUUUAUGAAAAAUAAAGAUGUAGUUGUUGAGGUAGUAGUGGCAAUAAUUUAUUCGGUUUACGAUGAUAACAAAUUGGCCCAACAAAUUUCAUCAGUAUUUUCGAUAUUUCUUAAAGACUCUGUGAUACCAUUGCCAAAGCAUGCACUCAUAACUGGAGGUGCAAGUACACUUCAAGAUGAUAUUCGUUACAUUAAAGAAUUUGGACCAGAUAUUCUAAUAGGAACACCUGGAAGACUAGAAGAUUUGCUGGUUGGCAGAGGAACGGCAAAAAAUUAUGUUAAUACUAAAGAAUUAGAAAUUUUGGUAUUAGAUGAAGCCGAUAGAUUAUUUGAUAUGGGAUUUUCUCAAUCUCUAAAUAAUAUUAUUGCACACCUGCCUAAACAAAGACGUACCGGAUUAUUUUCCGCAACGAUGACUGAUGGGCUUGCAGAAAUUGUACGUGCUGGUUUAAGAAACCCAGUAAGGGUUAUGGUUAAAGUCGAAGAUCUUGUAUCUAAAGAUGUACAACGAAUUCCUGCAACGUAG